AUGAAUGCCAGUGAAAAUAAACAUUUCAUGUUAAAUAACAAAUUCGCUGGUUGUAUCCCACUCAAACACUUGUUUGGAUUUUGUGAAGAUUAUAAAAAAAUACUACUCAACUGUAAUCAACAAAUAAUUUUAAACAGAUCAUCUACAUAUUUUGAUGCGUUGUACGUUUUUGCGACAAUUCCUGACGAAAAACUUAAAAAAGUAGCAAUUGAAUUGAAUAAAAUUAUUUGGAAGAUGCCCAUCAUCAGAGUUAGUGACAAAGAAAAAAUAAAACUGUUAAAAGUAUUAGACUCUCGUAAAUCACUUGCAUGUGCGUUCAGAAAUUGGGACUGGAUGUAUCCAGUUCUCCCUCAGAACACUUCUCAUUCGUGGACGGUCAAAUCAAGCAGUUUAUUGGAGAAACCUAGAUUUGCAUUAAUUGGACUUCAAACCGAUGGAAAAAAUAAUUUAUUUAAUCCAUCGGGACGAUUUGAUCACUGCUAUUUGAAAAACCUAAAAGUACAUUUAAACUCUGAAGUAUAUCCGUAUGAAGAUUUUCGUGCAGAUUUCACGAACAACGUUACAGCCAUAUUGUACAAGGCGUAUGCUGAAUUCCAGAAAUCGUACUACGAGAGAGAAUAUAGUGACCCUUUAAUUUCUAAAAAUAUUUUUCAACAAUUUGUGCCAAUCAGAGUCGUGGAUUUAUCACGACAGAAUGACAACGUAAAAUCAUCGACUGUAGAUUUACCAAUUGAAUUCGAAACAGACAAAGCCAUUCCAGCAAAAACUUAUUUUUUUAGCAGCUUAUUGUCUCAUUUUACACGAUCAAAUUAUAACUUAUAA